UGCCGCGCCCGGAAGUCUUGCUUUUUUACGUCCGGUUCAGUUUGUGAUUGUUUGGUGUCGUGUAAAGUUUUUAUUUUUCAGUUUAUCGUCAUAAUCGCGUUUAAGAAGGGAAAGCAAACAUGACCGAGGAUGUACAGAAGCACUCUGUGCACACACUCGUGUUUCGCUCUUUAAAGAGGACUCAUGAUAUGUUUGUGGCGGAUCAUGCUAAACAAAUAGCGCUGGACGACAAAAGUCACAAGAUGAAGUUGGCAGCAAAGAUGAGAACAGAGUAUGGACCUGUAUUACACAUGCCUGUACUGAAAGAGGGAAGAGACAAAGGUCCGCUCCACGCCUCUGAUCCAUAUGGCCAGCCAGAAUAUCCUCUGUCUGAUGCUACUCCAGAUUACCUGGUGACAGGCACACAUCCAUACCCAUCUGCUCCAGGUGUUACACUCACUGCAGACACACAGAUGCAGAAGAUGCCCAGUGAAGCAGGCGUUCACUCAAUGGCUCUUGCCCUUCCUCCUUCUCAAGCAAGGCUGGAUGCUAGUCGAACUGCAGCCAGUGUGGCAGAUAUCCACAGACACGCAGGAGGUGCAGAAAGGUCUCGCCCUCCACAGCAUGCACUGUCUCUUGUAGAAGGGGGCACCAAAACUUCUGCGCUGGUGCCAAGAAGGGCUCCUAUAAUGCCCAAACCACAAUGGCAUCCACCAUGGAAACUCUACAGGGUUAUUAGUGGACAUCUUGGUUGGGUCAGAUCUAUAGCAGUGGAGCCUGGCAACCAGUGGUUUGUGACUGGAUCAGCGGAUCGAACUAUAAAGAUCUGGGAUCUUGCCAGUGGUAAGCUGAAGUUGUCUCUAACUGGUCACAUCAGUACAGUGCGAGGUGUGGCUGUCAGCACACGCAGCCCGUACCUCUUCUCCUGCGGGGAGGACAAGCAGGUUAAAUGUUGGGAUUUAGAAUAUAACAAGGUUAUAAGACACUAUCACGGUCAUCUGAGUGCAGUCUAUGACCUUGAUCUCCACCCCACAAUUGAUGUGCUGGUAACCUGUAGUCGAGACGCCACGGCAAGAGUUUGGGAUAUCAGGACCAAGGCGAAUGUCCACACUCUUACUGGACACACCAACACAGUAGCCACAGUUAAAUGUCAAAGCGCUGAGCCACAGGUUAUUACAGGCAGUCAUGACACAACCAUUAGACUCUGGGAUCUGAUUGCUGGCAAGACGAGAGCCACACUGACCAAUCACAAGAAAUCUGUGAGAGCGUUGGUCCUUCAUCCCAGACAAUACACCUUUGCCUCUGGUUCUCCAGACAACAUUAAGCAAUGGAAAUUUCCUGAUGGAAACUUCAUUCAGAAUCUUUCAGGACAUAACGCUAUUAUAAACACACUGGCUGUCAAUUCGGAUGGAGUACUGGUGUCAGGAGCUGAUAAUGGCACAAUUCACAUGUGGGACUGGAGGACUGGCUAUAACUUCCAGAGGAUUCAUGCUGCAGUGCAGCCAGGUUCUCUGGACAGCGAGUCUGGGAUCUUUGCAUGUGUGUUUGACCAGUCUGAGAGUCGACUCAUAACAGCAGAGGCUGACAAAACCAUUAAAGUCUACAAGGAGGAUGACACAGCAACUGAAGAAUCCCACCCAGUUAACUGGAAACCUGAAAUUCUCAAAAGGAAACGAUUUUAGAUUUUUGUUGUAUUACAUUUUUCUAUAUUGAAGCUUUGAUUUUUCAUUUGUCAUUAUAAGUAAUUGUCAAAGGACUUGCCGUAAGGUGCUGCAUUUUCUUCUAUCUGCAUAACAAAAGCAUGUAUGUGAGCAAUUUUUCAUUGUAAUUAGCAAGAACUCAUUUUGGAACUCAUUGCCGUUAACCAUUAGAAUUCAAUAAUUGAAGUUUACAUGGUAAAAGAUUAAAAAAAAUAAACAAUUGUUGUUUUUUA